CGGCGCGCGCAUGAGCAGUCCGGGCUCCGGGUCGGUUGGUGGAGCGUUAGUCGGCGUCGGCGGAGGUUUGAGAGGAAAAGGGCCGCCGCCCCUCAGUGGUGGCGAGUUAGGGCGCAGCGGCUGCCAGAAGCAGCGUAGCCCAUGAGUGGGGAUGUGGGAAGCAGCUGACGAAGGGGAGAAAUGGGGUUCCAGACCAGGGUCUCUCAAACUGGGGGUCUCCAGCUGUUUUAGGACAACAAUUCCCAUCAUCCCUGACCACUGUUCCUGCUAGCUAGGGAUGAUGGGAGUUGUAGUCCAAAAAAAGCAGAUGGAGACCCCCAGUUUGGGACUGUUCUAGAUGAAGUGAAGCGGUGGUUUUUAUGCUCAACUCGAAAUAGAAAGCUUAGUCAGCGAUGGGAGACUCGACCAAAUCUUGACAAGGAAGUGUGUGAAUCCCAUUAUUUCCUCCAAGGGUUUGCAAACUGCCUGCAUAAAAGUAAAAAAAAGCUUCCCAGGUUUUUGUCUGCUUUAUGGGACCAGAAUGAGUCUAGAGAGUGACCAAGUCAUCUUAUCUGUCUUUUUAUUUAUAUACUACUUUAUGCCAAAAUAUGCUACCUUGAUGGCAAUAAGGUCUGAAUGGGUUCUAGAGAGAGGCUCCUGUGAUUUCUUGAAGAACAGUGCGUUAUUUUAUAUUAUUAUAUUUAUAAAAAUUGCAUUAUUUUAUAUUACUUCCGUAAAAUGUUAGUAGUAUAUAGCCUCACUGAGUGCUAUUAUAGUGGGGUUGUUUCAUAUGAGUUAGGCCUGGCAUAUCUAAACUUAAUCUAGUCGCUGUGGCAGUUUAAAAAAAGCUCAACAACUUCAAUCCUAAAGAAAGGUCAACAAGUUUGGUCGGCCCCCACGGCCCUUCACUUCAUCAAAUCUGGCCCUCUUUGAAAAAAGUUUGGACACCACUGAGUUAGGCCUUCUGUUUUAGAGCUUGGGGUUCAAGCCUGAAAAUAUCCAGUUAGAUUAGGUAAACAUUUCUGUAUCUUUUGAAGGACAGACUUGGGACCAUGGACAGAAGGAAUGAUCCAGACAGACGGCUGAACCCACCGGCUGCAUUCAGAGGUUCAAAGCCCACUGGUAAAGCAAGAGCAAAUUUAUUAUCUCAAUUCCCCACACACUUUUUAAAAUAUUUGCUGCCUGCUUACGAUGCAAAGAGCCCAGCCACUGUUGCUUAUAAAGACCAAAUGGCUUGUUACUUGGGUAUUUGAAAGGCUGCCUUUAUUGUAUGAAUUUGCCAAACUGCCAUCUGAAAUGGCUUCUGCCAUGAUUUGAAGUUAGGCAAUGCAUGACUGAAGUGAAGGUUGUUCCAGCAUUGUCAAACUGAUCUUCCCCCAUAUCUUUUCUCUCUAUCUUUCUUGUGCCAAACAUAGGGCCUAUGCAUUAUAUUCAUUUAUAUACAGUACCUGCGAACAGCACUAUUUUCAACAUUUGGACUGAUACAAACUGCUUUAGGAAGCAUUAUUGUCUAGCAAGUGUGAUUUAAAAAAACUAGCAAAUCAUAGUUGGGCCUUAAAUGUAGAUUGUGCACAGUUAUUCACAUUUCAGCAUAAGGAAGGGUUUUUCAACUAGCCCCUGAAGCAGCACCUCUUAAGAGCAGCAAAUAUUGACAGGGGAUAAUGUUUACAUGGUGGUGCAAAGCUUCACCUGUUGGUUUUUGCAAAUCAAGAUAUUGUUAAAAGCACAAGGCAAGCCAGUCCAUCCCUCCUCCUCCUUUUCUAGUCAGUUGUCAAUUCUAGCGUAAGGCAAUGCCAUCUUGUAGGACCAAUGUCAUCUUGUAGGACUAGAGCCAGUGUGGUGUAGUGGUUAAAAGCAGUAGACUCGUAAUCUGGUGACCCGGGUUCGCUUCCCCGCUCCUCCACAUGCAGCUGCUGGGUGACCUUGGGCUAGUCACACUUCUCUGAAGUCUCUCAGCCUCACUCACCUCACAGAGUGUUUGUUGUGGGGGAGGAAGGGAAAGGAGAAUGUGAGCCGCUUUGAGACUCCUUCGGGUAGUGAUAAAGCGGGAUAUCAAAUCCAAACUCUUCUUCUUCAAGCAUGUUGGUUUAACAUUGACAUUUCUGUAUGCACAUAGAUAAACAUAUACAGUGGUGCCUCGCAAGACGAAAUUAAUCCAUUCCGCGAGUGUCUUCGUUUAGCGGUUUUUUCGUCUUGCGAAGCAACCCUAUUAGCGGCUUAACGGAUUAGCGCUAUUAGCGGUUUAGCGGCUAUUAAAGGCUUAUCGGCUUAGCGGAUUAGCUGCUAAAAGGCUAUUAAAGGCUUAGCGGCUUAGAUAAAGGGGGGGGGGAAAUCUCAAGACUCGCAAGACAUUUUCGUCUUGCGAAGCAAGCCCAUAGGGAAAUUCGUCCUGCGAAGCAACUCAAAAACGGAAAACCCUUUCGUCUAGCGGGUUUUCCGUCUUGCGAGGCAUUCGUCUUGCGGGGCGCCACUGUAUACGGUACAAUAGAUUAAUUAAUAUUAAGGUUCUUGGAAUUAUCCAUGUAUGGUGCAGAUUUGUCUUAUAAAGUGUUGGCUCUUACCUUGUCUACAUAAACAAUCCUCCUGUAUGUCCGUUUCUCACUAGUAGCCCUGAUUUUCUAUUUGAAAGUCCGCCCAAAGCUUGCACAGCCCACUAUUCUGAUUUUGAUGUCUUCUGCACAGCCUCAUAGCGUGAUUUGGGACUCUAGUUCUCACACCUGCUUUGCAGUUGCUAACUAUGUUUGGUGAGAAUUUGGGUUAGCUUUGCACAACUUCUGCUAGUUUGAAGACCAGUUAUGUGGAUCUGUCUUCUGCAUCUCGAUUAUGAAUGGUUUCCUUUCAGUGAAAGUUUUCCAGAUCACCCUAUUUCCUGCACUUAAACUCUUUCUAACAGGGCUAGGUGGCAAUCUAAUGUCAUAGCAAUCUGCUGUCAUUUCUUCCUUAGGGCCAAAGGAGUUGAUCCCACCUUCACAUUUCCAGAGCCGGUCAGCACCACCUCUAGCUGUCUCUACUACAGUGCCCUGGGAUGUCCCUUGCCUUCCUAACUAUGAGGCAGUUGAACUCAAGCGAGAAAACCAGAGAUUGAAGGAUGAACUCCACAGAUGGGCCACAAAGGGAGAUAAGGCAGAAGAAUCAGGAACCAGAACCAGGUGAAAUGACCCCUACAAUUUCCCCCUUUCCUCUGAUCCAUUUCACCCUAUACCACCCAAUUAUGAACAUUAUUUUACUUAUUUAAUGGCAUUUAUAGACCAGGUAAUCAAAAAACAGAAAUCUCUAAGCAGUUUACAUAAAAUAGUGCAAAAACAUUAAUCAAAACACAGGUGAAAUAAACAGAAUGUAAAAACAAGCAUGCUUAUUAAAAAUACAGUGGUACCUUGGUUCUCAAACUUAAUCUGUUCCGGAAGUCUGUUCCAAAACCAAGGCAUGCUUUCCCAUAGAAAGUAAUGCAAAAUGGAUUAAUCCGUUCCAGACUUUAAAAAACAGCCCCUGAAACAGCUAUUUAACAUGAAUUUUACUAUCUAACAAGACCACUGAUCCAUAAAAUGAAAGCAAUAAUCAAUGUACUGUUCUAUAAAAUAAGUAAGACAGUAUUGUAGAUGAUAAAUUUUUAUUUAAAAAAAAAAUCUUACCAGCAUUGAUGAUAGUCAUUGUUUGGAUUGGGGGGCUUUUAUCCAUUUUGGAAGUCACACAAUCAAUCAAUGAGUAGCUGAACUGGGUUCCACACAGUCACAAAAACAAAUUAACCGAAAAAGCCUCAGAAACAAAAAUGCAAAAUAAACAGCAAAAACAAAAGCACCAAACUUAAUCCGUUCCGGAAGUCCGUUUGACUUCUGAAACAUUCAAAAACUAAGAUGCGGCUUCUGAUUGGCGUAGGUGCCCUGGAAACAAUAGCUGACAGCCGCAUCAGACGUUCAGCUUCUGAAAAACGUUCAAAAACCGGAACACUUCUGGGUUUUUGGCAUUUGGGAACCAAGGUGUUUGAGAACCAAGGUACCACUGUACAUGUUUUCGUAGGUUUGCAGAAAUAAAAAUAGAUUUUAUGAGACACUUCCCUUAACUUGUGGUUCUCCACUGAAGAACUGAGUACAAUGAGAACUGAGAGCAUCUCCUGCUAGGCACGUUGUACCCCAGCUUUGCUCUAUUUGCUGUAUCUCUCUGGUGCUCUUCUCCCCUUUUCCUGGGAAUCAUUCCAUAUAUUGGAGUUCAGCUUGUGACCAGCUCACUCCUUGAACAACAGCCCUUAGAAUGGAAACACCCUGAACUUUUGAACUAACUUUGUUGUUGUUUAGUUGUUUAGUCGUGUCCGACUCUUCGUGACCCCAUGGACCAGAGCAUGCCAGGCACUACUGUCUUCCACUGCCUCCUGCAGUUUGGUCAAACUCAUGCUGGUAGCUUCGAGAACACUAUCCACCAUCUCGUCCUCUGUCAUCCCUUUCUCCUUGUGCCCUCCAUCUUUCCCAACAUCAGGGUCUUUUCCAGGGAGUCUUCUUUUCUCAUGAGGUGGCCAAAAUAUUGGCGCCUCAGCUUCAGGAUCUGUCCUUCCAGCGAGCACUCAGGGCUGAUUUCCUUCAGAAUGGAGAGGUUUGAUCUUCUUGCAGUCCAUGGGACUCUCAAGAGUCUCCUGAACUAACUAGCAGGACAUAAAAUAGUGCCUCCUGGAGGUGGGAGGACUUUAUGACAAAUUCUUUAUCUUACAGGUCAUUGGAUAGAGGAGCUGAGCCCUCAAGCGUAUGUCACACCUUGGCCAUGUCCCAACAGGCCGAGAUAAUCUCCCACCAGCUCCACGAGAUCCAGCGACUGGAGCCGGAGCUUGCUGCCUUCCGAGUUGCCUCAGCCCAGCAAGAAGCAGCAGCGGCCAGUCGAGAAAACACCCUCUCUGACCUUCAGAGUGAGCUUGCAAUAGUAAAAAGCCGGAGCAAGGCAGAGGCUGCUGGCUUGAAGGCAGAAUUGGAGGAAGUCAGGAGCAGCAGCAGACUGGAAAUUGAGACUCUCAAGGUAGAGCUGGAGGAGCUUAGGAGGCAGAGGCGCUUGGAGGCCGAUUCGCUGAAAGAGGAGCUGGAGUUGACCAAGGAAAGAUCCAGACAUGAAGUUGGGCUGGCGCGAGGAGAGCUGCAGGGCGCCCUUGAAAAAGCAGAAGCUGAGCAGAGGAGGCAAGAGGAAAGGGUGCGAGAAUGCCUAGAGACAGUGCUCAAGGAGCAUCAAGCAGAGGUGAGUGCUCAAAGGAAAGCAUUCUGGGAGAAAAAGUUGUUUUGAGUGGGUGCAGAAUAAAAACUUGGAUUGGCAUCUCUGCUAGAUAAGUCUCUGCAAGCCGUGGAGAAUGGCGGUCCUCCAGAUGCUCUUGUACUCCAGUUCCCACCAGCCUUAGACAGCAUAGCCAGUUGUCGCAGAUAAUGGGAAUUACAGUGCAUCAGCUAUUGGUGGGCUGCAGGUUCUCCAUUCCUUGCUCUAGGUUUUCUGGGAGAGUAGUGUGAAUAGCAGGAGGUUGCUGCUCACCAGGAUAUUAGCCUCUUCCUCUCUUUCCACAGUUGUCCAGACUUUCUGAAGUCCACGGGGCUGAAGUUGUGUCCCUGAAGCAGCAGCUGUGGGCCCUCCAACAGGAUUUGGGGGCUCAGCAGAAGGAGGCUGUCCAGUUAAGGGAGAAGAGAGACGUUCUCCAGAACCAACUCAGGUGUGAUCACUGCUCCAGGUUCUUUUCCUCCAAGGGCCCACUGGGGUUGUCUCCAGGCUGUGCCAAAGGCAACCCCUUGUAUUUCUCUCCUUCAGUGCAGCCGAGGCAGAGCUGGCUUCUCAGAAUGCUUCGCUCCUGCAGCUGAAGACCUAUGUUGGGGAACAGGAGUCAAAGCAGCCUAGUGCUGAACGGGACCAACUUAUGAGCAGAGUGCAGGUGAGACCUGGGGGCUUUUCAGACAUGGAAGGUUAGCAGCAUCUAAGUGAUGAAGAUGAUGAUGAUAUUUUAUUAUUUAUACCCCACCUAUCUGACUGGGUUGUCCCAACCACUCUUAAGUGUUGCUGUUGUGCUUUAAGCUACAAGUGGAAUACCAACUUUGCUUCCAUCCUUCUGGAAUCCAAAUAACCAUAUUGUUGCCCUUUCUCCAGCUUCAGAUGGGGGUGGGUGGGGCUUGACCUGUAGUGGUCCAAUGGAGAGAGCACUUUAAGACUUCUGAUUGUUCCUGGGCAUGCCUUUACCUGUCCCACACCUGGCAUUACAUAUCUCAUCAGGAGAGGGGCAGAUGGUCACGGUUUUGGGAAAAUGGGCUUCCCAUGAAAAGUUAGUAACCCUACCAGGCCUAAUUUCACCUGCAUGCCUGAGGUUUAACCCCCAACCUCAGAAAUGGCUGGAGCAGCACAUACAAUCUACUGUAAGGUUACCAGAUUUUUUUCAAAGAAUCCGGGGACACUUUUUUUUGAAAAGAGGAAAAAAAGUUAUUUUUAAAAAAGUUUUUUAAAAAAGAAAGAAGCAAUGUCUUUUCUUCUGUGGUCUUGCUCUGUCGCGUGGCCUUCCUCUGGGCCCUGGCCUGCUCUCUUGGAGUGCUAGCUGCCGUGGAGUAGGCUCGGGUAGGGCCUGGGCUCAGCCACGUGUCCUUGCUCUCCUGGUGCUCUCCUACCUCUUCUCCUCAGCAGCGGCGGUGCAGCAAGGUUGGGGCUCCCCUCUUUUUUCUCCUUCCCCUUUCUCUCUCUUCCUUCUCUUUCUCCUCUCCUUCUCCCUGCGUCGGCUCUGGGGUUUUCCUGGCCCUGGAGCGCUGUUGGGCAGGUGGCUGGGCGCUCUCACUCUCGGCUCAAUUUGGGUCGUGGGGGGGGUCAGUGGUUCCCCCAGUUAAUGUGCCAGGUGUCCCUGGUUCCCCCUCAGCAGCUGCAGUCUCAGCAGCCCGGAGCCAGCCUGGUAGCGCAGUUGGCUCUGGCUGGCUUCAGGAGCUGCUUGCUGCCAUGGUGCCCACCAUUUUGCCUCGCCAGAAGUCCCCAUAUGAUGUGUCUUGUGCCGUUGAACCAACCAUGCAGCUUUCAUUCUCUACUAAUAAAUCUACAACACUUAAAAUAUAAAUCCGGGGACAGAUUUGUAAAUCCGGGGACUGUCCCCGGGAAACGAGGACAUCUGGUAACCAUAAUCUACUGCAGAGUUGCUUGAUGAAUCACCAAUACCUGGAGAAAUUGUGCAAACUGUUCUACUGUGCUUUUUAAAAAGUCAGAUUUUCAGAGUUCAGGGGGGUGGAGGAAGGAAUAUUGAGCACAGAAAACAGGAACGGAAUACUUUGUUCAUGACAGCGUGCAGAUGCCCCAUAAAAAGUGAGAGAACAAAGUGUGGCUGUUCCACAUGAAAUGCCCAGUAUGGAAGCAGCCCAGGAUAGGAAAGGUAACACAAGGCACUUCAAAUAGCAGAGCUCCUUUUCUUCUGCAUGGAUUUAUGAGUAUGCAGUAUGACUGCAACAUUACUUUGCUCCUAUUUCAGCAACUGGAAGAAGAGAAGGAUGCCCUGAAAAUUACAGCUGAGCUGCUGCAGGUUCGCCUAACUUCCCUCAGCGAUAUUCUGACGCUACAGGAGAUGGAGCUCAGCAAGAAGGUAAAUACAUUUGAGGACAGUGGGUAUGAUAGUGAAGAAUAGUAGGCUUGUGGGUCCCAAGUAGUAGAUUGCAGUACUGCAAACUAUUCAAAAUAGCUGUUUUGAUUGACUGGGUAUUGGGUACAUACCCACACCCUUCUUAAAAGCUGUUUUAUUUCAUGUUUGAUCUUUUCAGGUGCAGCUUGAGGAUCCUCUCCGGCCUGAAUCAUCUCAGAAAUGGCAGUACCUGCUGACUCGGUGGCGGGAGAAAGUAUUUUGUCUCCUGGUACAGCUGAAAUCUCAGGAGCUCAGUCACAGGGAUACCACCAAAGUGCUAGAAAGGAAGGUAUGUGCUUGAUUUGAGGGAGGGGGCUGUGUUGGAGUGGAGCAGGGUGAACCUGAAAGCCCAAGCUCCUAGGUAGGUUUUUUGAAAAUGGAGUGUGGAAGAGCAUGAAAAUUGUGAGCCAGGACUCCUGGGUUCUCUAGGAAGGGAAUUCAAGGUUUCUGUGAGGAUUACAGAGAUACAGUGGUGCCCCGCAAGACAAAUGCCUCGCAAGAUGGAAAACCCGCUAGACGAAAGGGUUUUCCGUUUUGGAGGUGCUUCGCAAAACGAAUUUCCUAUGUGCUUGCUUCGCAAGACGAAAAUGUCUUGUGAGUUCCUGUGGGGUUUUUUUCCUUUCCCCCCCUUUUUCCCAAGCCGAUAAACCGCUUAUCAGCUGAUCGGCUAAGCCGCUUAACAGCUGAUCGCUAAGCCGCUUAUCAGCUGAUCGUUAAGCCGCUUAACAGCUGAUCGCUAAGCCGCUUAUCAGCUGAUCCGCUAAGCUGCUAAUACUGUAGCGCUAAUCCGCUAAACCGCUAAUGGGCUUGCUUCGCAAGACGGAAAAACCCGCAAGACGAAGAGACUCGCGGAACAGAUUCUUUUCGUCUUGCGAGGCACCACUGUAUCUGAAUUCAUGCUAGUUAUGGAGGAGCCUGGAAACUGUUACCAGGCUAGAAAAAAAAUUAAAGUUGCCUGCUACCAACCAAACUACCAGAAGAGGGAGAAGUCCUUGAAUAUACCUGCUAUCUUUCUACUUUGGUUGGAGAUGAAAGUAUUAUUUUUUGAAUUUAUAUACCACCCUAUACCUGGGGGUCUCAGGGCGUCUCUUGAAAGCAAGCAGGUUGGCAGAAGAUGGGUGAAGCAAUCUGCUGCAAGUAAUGUUGUUAGCAGUCAAACGGUUAAAUGCAAAGCUUACGUGGUAAUAAGCCAGGUCUUAAUUUUCUGCUUACAGGUCAAAGAGCUAGAAGGUGAAGUGGGGUCCAGAGACCAGAAGGUGGCACUGUUGCUCCACAGCCUAGAAGACAAAUCUGCUGAAGCUGAUAUGGAAAGAGUGAGAAACAAAGUAAGUUGUUCUCAUACGCCCCUUGCCCAAGAAGGGAAGAUUAGAAAGGGGCACAUCCUUUUCCCCAUUAAAACAGGCUUAAGAGCUGAAGGGUGAUGCUGAAGGGUGGAGUCGUCCUUGACAAGUGAGUUUAGGGCCUCUCUCUUUCAGGGGGGAGUAUUGCUUAGAGCUUUCUCAUUCCUUCCAGACUCUGCAGGCAGAGGCAUUGCGCUCGAAUGAUUUGGCACAGGAACUUCAACGGAGGGCAGAGACCGCUGAAAAUGCCCUUCGGGGCCUGGGGGAUUUUGUCAGUAGGUAACUGAGAAAGACAAAGCAAUAAUGGUUGGAUUCCCCAAGCUCUGUAGUCCUCCAGGUAUUGAGGACCGCAGAGAGCCUGAGAAAACCCAAAGGCCAUUUAUUUGACACCUCCAAUUUACAGAAGUCUCCCUGCUCCUUCCUUGCUCUUGGCUAACUUUCAUUUAAUGGUUUUUACUACUCCUUUUAAAGUCCAGGCUAAGAUGCUGUGUCUUCUGCUCCACAGGCUAAGCCAGCAACUGACUGGACAGGAAGAAUCAUGGAGAGCAGCCUUGUCACGCCUCAUGGGAUUGGGAAACAGAGUUGCUUUUGCAGCCAAGAGAGUUGACACUGUCCAAGGUAAUGGUGGAAAGCCAUUUUGCAAUCUAGACAUACAAUCUUCCAUCGCCAAACCCAAACCUUGAUAUUCUUGCUGGGCAUACCUUCACCCACAUGAGACUCAAAUUACUUCCAUAUAACUAGUGAAGCUACGUUAACCAUAAUAUUUAAAUCUCUUCUCUUUGUUUGCAUUGUUUUUAUUAAUGAGCUAGGAUCCUACCCUCAUGGUGGUGGAUAUACACUUGAAAAUACGCAGAUGGGGGCACUUCCUCAGUUUCCAUGUAACAAGAAGGUCAAACCAUGACUUAGCAUAGAUCUAUGGGCUGUCAGAAAGGAGAUUGUGGUUGCUUUGGUCCUUUGGCUGCUCUGAGGCAAAUCAUGGUUUGGCUUCGUGUGGCAUUAGAAUCAGGGCUGAAAUGAAGGAUUGUUCAGGAGCCUGCCUAUUUGCACUAAACUGGUUUGAUUUAGUGUGUGCUGAAGGCCUCCUUAUUCAUUCUGUGCCUUGUAAGUCUGGGGUAGUGGCCUCAAGGUUGGAUUACUGCAAUGCACUUGUGUAGGGCUUCCCUCGCACUUGAUCUGGAAACUGCAGUUGGCGCAGAGUACUUCAGCACAGGUGCUGUUAGGCAUGAGACCCUAUCAGCAUUAUAACACCUCUGCUCAGAGAUCUGUGCUGGUUGCUGAUUUGCCUUUAACAGUUUGGAACCAGAUCACUUGUGGGAUUCUCUUACUCUGUAUUUGCCCAAUCAACUCCUUCGAUCUGCAGAACUAGCACUGUUACAGGGGCUACAUAAUACUUUGAGGAUGUGGGUGGUGCUGUGGUCUAAAUCACUGAGCCUCUUGGGCUUGCUGAUCGGAAGGUUGGCAGUUUGAAUCCCCGCGACGGGGUGAGCUCCCGUUGCUCUGUUCCAGCUUCUACCAGCCUAGCAGUUCAAAAGCACACUAGUGCAAGUAGAUAAAUAGGUACUGCUGUGGCAGGAAGGUAAACGGCAUAUCCAUGCUCUCUGGUUUCUGUCAUGGUGUUCUGUUGUGCCAGAAGCGGUUUAGUCCUGCUGGCCACAUGACCCAGAAAAGCUGUCUGCGGACAAACACCGGCUCUCUCAGCCUGAAAGUGAGAUGCGUGCUUCAACCCCAUAGUCGCCUUUCACUGGACUUAACCGUCCAGGGGUCCUUUACCUUUACCUUAUUUAUAUAAUACACUUUCCACACUUGUAAGAAACAUUUUUUUUAGUGGGGUGGCACCUACAUUUUGGAACUUCCUGCUUAUUGACACCAGGAAGGUGCCUUCGCUGUAAUUUUUCCAGUGCCUGCUUAAAACGUGUUUUGUUUCUACACAAGCCCAUCUAGACAUGGAAGAGUUUCACUUUUUUCUCAGCUGCUGAUUUUAAUAAUGGUUUGAAUAUUUUGAAUAAUUUUAUUGCUUUAUUUUGCAUUGUGAACUGCUUAAAAUUUUUUAGAACAAUCAAGUGAUAUAUAAAUCUUGUUAAAUAAAUACUUUUUUAAGGCAGCUACCUCAGGUAGUGGAUUGCGAGGGAGGGGUAGGCUAAAGUUCCCCUGUCAGUCUUUGUAUGACUUGCCUUAGGUGCUGCAGAGGGCAUUGUCCUAGCACCAGAGGUGUUAAGUGGUGUUAAGAUAUGACUGCCAGUCUGCUUGACUUCUAUACACAGAAAGGAGUGGGAGUUCACUCUUGUUCUUUCCCUGAGGCAGAAAAAUAUAUUGUCUAAGGGAUUUCCUAUACCUUUCUUCUGGCUACAUUAUUUUAAGCUCAUUGACAUUUAUAACUACAGUCAAAACACUAAUUUAGAUGGUUGCAGACAACCCCUUUAUUCUUUAUUAUCUAUAUGUUAAUGAAUUUCACAACAGUUAGAAAGUGCUUUCCUUUUUGUCAUCGCUAGAUGUUGCUCUGUUCACAUAAUGUUCCCUCCCAACAUACCAGACAUACUUCAGAUUAUUUUCAGAGACUCCACAGACAACUUUUCCCCUCCCCUCAAAUCUCUCAGGUGCCUUAUCUUAAUCCACAGAUUUAACAACCCAAUAUUGUGCUAUGCAUAUUUUAACUUUUAAGUGGAAGAAAGGUCACACUGAGUUCAAUUGAGAUAAUUUCCAUAUAAGUGUGACUAGGAUUCUGUUCUCUCUCUCUCUCUCUCUCUCUCUCUCUCUCUCUCUCUCUGCCCUUUUUUGAAUGGGACUGACACAACUGCCUGAAGCUUUAGCCCCUAACUGUAACUCUGUUCACACUUUGGCGCAAGCCUCACUGAAUUUGUCCCUGAACAGGCACACACUUAGGCCAUCAAAGGAAUUAUCAUUCUGUUAGCAAUUGUAGAGGUUUCUAAUAGAGGUUACUGCAUCUUUGCUAAGCUACAGUUCCCACAAUUAUUUUUGGGAAAUCAUGAUAGUUAAAGCAGCAUAAAACUGGGAAGUCUACAGUGUGCUGCAAAUCCCUCUGAGUUUAAAAUCCCUACAGCAGGACUGAGGAACCUUUGUCAGACCAAGGGUCGCAUUUCCACCUGGGGGCGCUAUGCCUGUGGUGGGUGUGACCAAAAAGAAAAAUAAGCGGAGCCAUGUGUGUAAAUUUCGCCUUUGCACGGUAGGCUGAUUUCUUCACUCAGUCCUCUAGCCUGCAUCUAGCAAGCAAGAGGCAUGAUUAAAACUCAAGGAUGCAUUCUAGCCAGGCAAAAGCUCUCAAGGGCUGUUUGAAGCAGAGCCUGGGAGGGAUGAGGUGUGAAGAGAGUCUCAAGGACCAGAUAGAGGCUUAGAGGGUCAUCUUUGGCCCCGAGGCCUGAAGUUCCCCACCCCUGCCCAGUAGCUUUUCACCUCUUUGACCUGUUCCUGUUAUUUCUGCAACAACUGUUCAUUGCCAUAGUUUUCCAGGCUUCAGAGACACGGGGGUUCAGCAUGAAGUAUGCAUGUUUUGAAUGAAUGUGCAAAAAAACAACUCAGAACCCAAACUCAACAAUUAUUUCCAUACCUUAAUAUGCAUACUUUGUUUUCAGCACUGUACUUGGGAUUUCUGUCGCAGGCCCCAAACAUAUAUCUGUUUUGGCAGGUAAAGCCUCAAGGGUCUAUGAUCGUCUGCACUAUUAAAAAAGAAUUCUCAAUUUGUGGAGUCAACAUGCACAUCUCUCCCCCACCCCUGCAUUCUAAAUGGAAAUUGUGGUCAGCAUACAUAUUUUCUUUUUGCAACAUGUUUUCAUAGGAUCUUCAGUUUUACUUACCAGUGGGAUGACCACCUGGACUGUUUUUGUGUUGUGUUUUUCCUCCUGUAUUUUAUAACAACUAAUACGUUUGCUUCUCUUUAACACUAAAGUCUAGAAUAGGAGCGGCUAAACUGUGACCCUCUAGACAUUAAUGGAUUACAAUUCCCAUGAGCCCCAGCCAGCAUGACCAAUGGUCAGGGAUGAUGAGAGCUGCAGUUUUGCAACAUCUGGAAGGCCACAGGUUCCCUGCUCCUAGUAUAUAAGUGGCCAAGGUCCCAAAAUGAGCUUUUUGCCUAGAUUUAUUGCUUUUUUAAAAGCUGAUACACUUCUGUCAAUGAAUAACUGAAUAACUAUGGCUUCCAGGGUUGGUAUGCCAGAAGAUAGCACUAGCCAGACUUCAGCAAGAGGAGAAAUCUUGCACCACAAGAUCAGACGAUGAGAAGUAAGUUCAAAACUCUAAUCUCAGUGCAGGCUGUGAAGAGUUGGUGACUGUGCAUACUACUUCCUUGAAAGGACAGAAUGCUUUGCGAAAUGGUCUUCACCCCAAAGUUGCUGUGCUUAAGAUUUCUGCUUCGUAUACAGAAACUAAGACAGAAUUAAGAGACAUUGCCUGUGCCAUUUCAGUUCCAGUCCAUUCAUGACUUUACCCUUUGAAUAGCUCAGUCUCCAGUUAAGAGAAUUUAGUAUCUUCUGUGUUAGAGCAGAGAUAGCAAAAGUUGGGGAUUAAAGUCCCUGAGUUUCUAGGAAUAGUAUUUGGCUUUUGUAGGGUAGAGCUGGAAGCCAAGGUCUAGCCUAACAGCAAAAUAUCUAACUGAAGCAAAGGCAGAGUUGAAUGACUUGGCCCAGCCUUGUGGAGGAGUGGGAUUCUGGCAACAACAACUUUUUGGUUAACUAGUGCAGUCAGCCAAAAUUUUACCCCUGUGCAAUUGAAACACUUGAGUGUCCAGGGUUAUGACUGAACUUCUGAUCUCUCUACUUCCUCCCCAGGAUUCAGCCAUCUUAUGAAGACCUUCAAGCUGAACUACAGAUGCUGCACAGAGAACGGGAUCAACUCUCACUGGAGCUUAAACGUGGGGCUCAACUCAUAGAGAAGAAAGUGGCUGAAGCAAAAGAGCAAGGUGACCAACUCUGGGCCCUCUUCUCACUAAGGUGACAAAGCUGUAUCUGUACAGUUUAAGACCACAGGUGAGGGUUCACCUGAACGAAUUCUCCAUACAGAACAAAUUCCCUGCACUCAAAAGCCCUAAUGUCAGGUAGUACAGGUUGAACCUAUUAUUCUCCAAGACCUGCUAGUUUACCAUGUGCAGGGAAUUGGUGCGAGGAAUUAUUUUCAGUGAGUCACCACCUGUAAUAAGAUGGUCCGGGCACAGAACCAGGCCCUGCUGUAAGUGACAGCACCCAGAAACUAGGUGUAGAAAAGCAGUGGGGAGGUGAUUUGGGUAUAUUGGAUUGUUGGGCACUGCCCUCAACUGACUGUCUCCCCUCUGUCCUACAGCGGAGUUUGAGCUCAGGAAAACGAGGGAGUCAUUGCAGAGCCUGCAGGAGGCACUGGAGGCAAAGACACUGGCGGAACAGACACUGAGGCAGCAACAGGAGGCCACAGAAAAGCAGCUGGAGGCAACCUGCAGCAACCUACAGAGGAGUGAAGAGGCUACAGAGAGUUUGAGGCAGGAGCUGGGACAGUUAAGAGCGGAGUAUGAAAGAGGUAUCUUAGGGACAUGCUGCAUUUUUUCUGGGGAAGGAAUGAUUAACUUCAGAGGUGAGGCAUGAUGAGCUUUUAAAUUGAGAAGUAGAAGCAUGCAUAUGUACUCAAUACUUGGUUUGGGCCCCUUUUGCAUCUAUUACUGCAUCAAUACAGCGUGGCAUGAAUGCUAUCAGCCUGUGGCACUGCUAAGGUGUUAUGGAAGACCAGGAAGCUUCAAUAGCAGCCUUCAGUUCUUCUGCAUUGCUUGGUCUCAUGUCCCUCAUCUUUCUCUUGGCAAUGCCCCAUAGAUUCUCUAUGGGGUUCAGGUCAGGCGAGUUUGCUGGCCAAUCAAGCACAGUAAUCCCAUGGGCAUUGAACCAGGUUUUGGUACCUUUGGCAGUGUGGGCAGGUGCCAAAGUCCUGCUGGAAAUGAAGUCAGCAUCCCCAUAAAGCUCAUCUGCGGAAGGAAGCAUGAAGUGCUCCAAAAUCUCCUGGUAGAUGGCUGCAUUGACCCUGGACUUAAUGAAGCACAGUGAACCAACACCAGCUGAUGACAUGGCUCCCCAAAUCUCUUUUCUGAUGAGAGCAGCUUUUGCAUCUCAUUUGGAAACCAAGGACCCAGAGUCUGGAGGAAGAAUGGGGAGGCACAUAAUGCCAGAUGCUUGAAGUCCAGUGUGAAGUUUCCACAGUCUGUGUUGAUUUGGGGAGCCAUGUCAUCAGCUGGUGUUGAAUUACUGAAAUAAAUGAACUUUUCCACGAUAUUCUAAUUUUCCGAGUUUCACCUGUACUUGCCUUCUUCAAGUACUUUAGUUUCAGUGGAGUGUAUUAUUGAACUACGAUGAUGCCUCUCACUUGCCUGGAUGGAGAGAGGUGGGUGUGAACGGAAACCCUUGACUCUGGUAUAACUGACUUCCGUUGCAUGUUUUUCACCCACUUUUGCCUCUAACCACAUCCAAUUUUUUCACCUUGCCCCGCCCAGCACCAUGUGGCACUUGAGCUGAAAAGGGUUCCCCACCGCUCAUCUAGCUCCUGGUGGGCCACCAUUUGUGGCUGUGGAGCUGCUUUUGGCUUGGUGAGUCUGGGCCUGCAUUUAGAAAAGCAUAGAGAGCUGUCAGUGAUCAAAUGUGCAAAAGGUAAGGGCUGUCCACCAAGGGCAAAAGCCACUGGAUACUGAAAACGUGAGAACGCUUGUAAAUACAGUUAAGAGUCAGAGAAAGCACUGCCACCUGAGAGAUUUGAUGCAUGACUUCCUGAUACAGUACUGUAAUAAGCAAGGGAUUGUGGGAUGGGGGGGCAAAAACCCUGCCUAUUAUCAUUUUCAUGCCCUUUCUACAUAGCCCUGCAGGAGAAGGUAACUGAAAUUGAAACGCAGAUGCGCAAGGAUCUAUCAGAAAUGGAGAGAGGGCUCAAUGAAGCACGGAGGGAACACACAAAGGCAGGUGAGCAGCGCAACAGCUGUACAGGCAACGACUGAUAUAUAUGUAUAUGUAUAUGUAUAUGCACACAUCACAGUGACUUGGAAGUGGCUGGGAAAGGGGCAUAUGCAUGCUCUGCCGUCGCACAUGAUGACCUGUGCAAAUUGCAGAUUGCUUGUAAAUGGAAAGAGGCUACUGGGGGAUGUUUUGGUGCCUGAGGCAGAAAAUCCAAAAGGAGUAUUCUUGUAAAAACAUAUGUAUUAAAUAGCAGGCACUUUUGUUGACAAAGAUUGGGCAUCUGAUUCACUCUGCGUAAUGUAGAGUCAGUACCGAGGGCCACAGCUCAGGGACAGAUUAUAUACUUCAUGAAGAAGGUCUCAAGUUCAGCCACUUGUAUUUCCAUUUGAGAAAAAAGUUACUUGCAGCAGCGGGACUGGGAAAAAUCUACCUGAAGGCUGAUAGUUGUUGUGACAUGCAACAAUCCCAUGUCUGCAACAAAAGGUGGAAUGGAAUCUCCCAACAGAGCAUCUGUUUUACAUGCAAUUGGUCCUAGGUUGAAUACCUGACAUUUCUAAGUAGGGCUGAGAAAGAUCCCUACCAGAAGCCCUGGAAAGCCGCUGUCAGCCUUUGUGGAUAAUACUGAGGCAGAUAAACAAAGGGGACUACCUUAGUGUAUAGCUGCUUCCUGUGUUCCUAGGGCAGUUGCAGUAGAUGACACUGAUAGCUGGAUUAGUGGUUUGACUCUGCAUAAAGUAGCUUUGAGUCUGCUGCACUGCAGGCGGAGCCAAACCUUUACUCCCCUCUCUGCUUGUCAUCCCUCUUUUGAUCCUCCCUUCUGCUUUGUGUGUCUGCAGUGGUUGCCCUACGCCAGGCUGAGCGACAGGCAGCCAGAGACAAAGCUCGCAGCGACGAACUUGCCAAGCUGCAAGAGUCUGCCACGCAGCAGGAAAUGGCACAACUUGAAGGACGUCUGCGGGAGCUUGAGAGGGACAAGAAUCUACUGAUGGUACGUUCAAGGAGUGAAGGCACAUGGCUGCCCCAUAUUGGUGCCUGUUGCAUCCGUCAACGUCUGUCUCUUUCCAUUCACAGGCUACCUUGAGACAGGAAGGGCUGUUGGUCCAGCAUCGACAGAAUCGGCUUGCAGCAGUCCAGGGCCCAGCAGAAUCAACUGAGAAGACCGGAUCUAAGCCUCUAUCUAAAGGUAUAGGAUGGGAUUCAGUGAGUUGCAUCAGCAGAACCCUGGGCAAGGACUUUGGCUUGCACAGCAGGGCUCCCCCGGCUCCCACCAAAAUUGACCCCAGAACAGCUGAAAUGCUUGUGCUGACAGAACAUUCAACAUUCUAUUCCACCACACUUUACAGCAGCAGGCAGGCUUCAGAAGUGGCUAUGUGCAGUUCUGUUCCCCGAUGUGUUGCUGCUGCUCUCUGUGCCCUCCCCACAAGCAUCUGUCUGAGGCAACUGCUUCACUCUGACUAAUGAUAGGGCUGGCCCUGAUAAUAGGCAGCUUGGUAUGGCUUGCUACAUCCUACACUUGGCAGGUGUGCCAUUUUCCUUCCCACAAUCCCUUGCAAUUUUUAUAACUGCCAGAUAUAGAAGCCUUCUAGUUUCUGUUCUUCCCUAUUCUUCUCAACACUCAUCCCAGUAGUCACCAGGUUAAGAGCAUCUACAUCAUUGGCAUUCUCCACUGAUCUCCAUCACUCCAUGAUCUUAUGGGCUUUUCUCCCUCUUCCUACAGAGUCUCUGUUUGCUGUGCUGGAUGACCUACAGGUACUGGGUGCUGCUAUACUGGGAGAAGAAGAAGCAGCAGACAAAGAGAGAGACACCAGCAAGGGCACUUAAGUAUAAAUCCCACCAGGGGAAUAAAAAUCUACUUGGAGACACCAGGCUGUGGAAAUUGAUAGAAAGAUGUUUGUAAAUAAAAAUUAUUUUUAUAGGCA